GUGAGACUGGCAGGCAGCUUCAGCAGCAGCGCUAUCUGGAUACUCCACUACACUAUUAAUUACAAAAAAAAGACCUUUUCUUCUUUUUGGAAGACAAAUAUAUGACCAUGGGCGACAAGAAGAGCCCAUCCAGGCCAAAAAGACAAGCCAAACCUACGGCAGACGACGGCUUUUGGGAUUGUAGUGUCUGCACCUUUAGAAACAGUGCCGAAGCAUUCAAAUGCAGCAUCUGUGAUGUGAGAAAAGGCACAUCGACAAGGAAACCCAGGAUAAACUCCCAGCUGGUGGCACAGCAAGUCGCUCAGCAAUACGCUACUCCUCCACCUCCCAAAAAGGAGAAAAAAGAAAAGGCAGAGAGGCCUGAGAAAGAGAGGUGUGACCCUGACCGACCUGAGAGAGUCCGCUCAGAGAAGGAACGGCCGGAGAAAGAAAAAAUUGAUAAGGAAAGACCCGAGAAGGAAAAACUCGACAAAGAAAAAGAAAUCAGUCCAACAGUGCCCAAAAAACCAAGCAGUAAAAAGUCAAAACCCAAGUCAGACAUUCAGCAAGGUCCACCCAGUGAAAUUAACAGUGUACAGUCGGGAAAUGCAACAACCAAGACCAAUAAUUCCCACAUUUCAAGGCCCAAGCUGAAAAACGUGGACAGAAGUACUGCACAGCAGCUUGCAGUAACAGUUGGGAACGUCACAGUAAUUAUCACAGACUUUAAAGAGAAAACCCGUUCCUCUUCCACAUCAUCAUCCACAGUGACGUCUAGCACGGGGUCAGAACAGCAGCACCAGAGUUGCUCUGGAUCCGAAAGUACGGACAAAGGCUCCUCACGCUCUUCAACUCCAAAAGGAGACAUGUCUGCAGUACAUGACGAGUCCUUCUGAGCACUGUAUAUGGAAACAUGAAAACCAUUCAGGGUUUGAAAUUCACAUCCCCCAGCUGCCCUCCCUGUGAUGACAGAAAGACUCGCUUACAACAUUCAAAGCAUCACACCCGUUUGGAUAUCUCCCUGGAAUUUGUGCUCUUCGCAUUCGGGAUGAAUGCUGCUUGCAUUGGGCAGAGGGUCAGAAAGGAAUUUCGUCCCUGAUGACACCCUGACACUUUUAUGUAUUCCAUUGUUUUAUAUGAGUUUCCUAACAAUCAUUUGUAAAUGGAUGUGCGGCUGAACUUACUUUUUUAUAAAAUCUGCUGUGCACAAAUGUUUCCAUGUACGUUUUAACUGUUUUGAUCCAUUAUUAGCUUUAUUUAUUACUUGUUGCAAAUUACACCCGUGUCCUUUUAGGGGUUUGUUUUUAUGGUUUUGUUCUGUUUUACGAAAAAAGCAGCUCAGCUUUUUUUUUCUUCUUUCCCUCCUCACUGUUUUAUGAAAUCAAAGUUGUUCAAAACCAACACCUUAAACACUGGUGCUUGAUACACUGUGAAGUGAAACCAACUUGGAACAGUAACACAUCUGGGACUGUCCCUCAUACAAUAAGACGAAGUGCUAAAACCCAGAAGCUAAAAUGCUUACCUUUGCUGUCUUUGCUUAAUAUAUUUUUGACAUGCAUAUGAGCUGAUUGGCUGAAGAGGCUGUAUAGUAACAAAUUGUGUAGAGUAUUUUUUACAUAGAGACAAAAAAAAAGUCCUUCAGGGGUGGGGUUAGGUGUGUGUGUUAGGGUGGAGUCUUUAAAAGUCCUCUUAAUUUUAUCUGGACAUCCUUCGGCUUAAACAAUCUGGGGAUUUGUGUGUGAAAUAGGUGACAUUCGCAAUAGUUGAGCUCUUAAAACCAUUAAAACAAGAACACUAAUUUUGUGGUUUAUCACUUUUCAGUUCAGUGUCUGUUUGAAGUUACAGUAUACAGCAGUUUGUUCAUUCUGCUUUGUCUGCAUUUUAUAUUUUUAAUGGAAGUUUUUUCCCCAAAACUUUGUGGCUCUUGGAAUUUCUUUGUUAUGAAAUUUAAAAAGCUUUGUGUGUAAUGUAGCCAUUGGGGUUUCCACUGUGUACUUGAAUAUAUCUGCAUAGUCUCUGGGUUAACGCUGUAUAAAUUCACCCAAUAUGUUUUUUUGUAAUUUUUACCUUUGCCUUUUAAUAGAGCUAAUGUGAUGGAGAGCUGGACAGUUGAUUACAAAUAGACAAUUUUUAUUUUUUUUUGUGGAAAGUGUAAUCAGUAGACCUGAAGAUUUCCUUUUUAUCUUAUUGAGGGCAACAGAAACGUUACAUUAGCUUAGGCUGAACUACCCAAAUGAAAUGGAUACUAUUCUCAUAUACCUAAAAACGUACAUUUUUGUUCUAUAACCAUAGAUUAACAUUGUAGGAAGUUGUAGAAUGAAUUUGUCAGCCUCCUGUAAAAGCAGUGAUUCAAAGUCAGCAAUUUCCUUUUGAAUUUUAUUAUACUUGUAUGAAGAAUACAAGUGUAUAUGAUAACAUAAAAUAAACUUUUAACUUGUUUAUUGUAGGACCAAAGGAAUUUGAUAUUAUGUGCUACUUGGGCACAGAUUGAAAAUAUUACAUGUUCAAAUGUCUAUUAUAUAAAAACAUUUUAAAUUAAGAAGGGUUUACAUCCAUUUCAAAGGAAAUGUUCCUCUCCAGUUCGUUAAAUAAAAUCUAAUUUUAAGAACAAAAAUGAACUUUUAUCUGAAGAUACAUGCAACUAGUGUAUUCUAGAUGUAUAAAAACAAUGUUGCAUUUCUAUCAAUAUUGUAUAUAGUUUGCACUGCUUUCAAUGGCAAAAUACUUUAAAUAUUAACAAAGGUUAAUCUACAAUAUGAUGUACACUGGUCUAUUCAAGUUUCAUGUAAAUUAAAUCCAAAAGCAUUAAAACAACUAUUUACUUUUUAAGGUGCUGAUCUUUUGUUGUAUAAUAACCAGCUACCUGUAGGCUGUUGUAUUUAAGUUCAGUCAUGCAGAACUUACUGUUGCAGCCUCUCAGUAGUGCCUCCUUCAUACAAGAAUUUUACAGCCAAGCAGGCCUGAAACAAUACAGACUUGGGGGACAAGUCAUUUUUAACACCACAUUAAGUAGACUGAAUCAGUACACUGAUCUUUGGCAAACAAAAUUAAAAAACGAAACAGUAAUGGUUGUAUCAUUAGCGGUUAAAUAGUGAGCAACAUCCAGUACAAUGUCAUUGGUACUGAUUACAAAAGACCUGAGGCUCUUGUGUAUUUUAACCAUGAACCAAAUAUCCAUGAUUAUGCAGCUGACUUAAUUUGUUUCCAUCUCUGCAGUUUGUAAAAUUCCCAACACUGCACCAGGCAUUUUUGAUACCCACAUUACACCAGAUGUAUUUAGAUGAUAAUUGGAGUAGUGGUAGAAAGUUUGGAUUAAUAAUCUACGCAGUUAGAUGGUUGUUUUUUUUUGUAGAAUCAAACUGUGACACCUUUGUCAGAUGAACAAUAACUUCCUUCAGAAAAGAUGAAUAUAAACGUUUUUUUUAGAGGAACAUUUUAGCCAGGCUAUAAAUAUAAUUGUCCCAGGCAAAAACAUAAAGUGGAAUCUUUGUCUGGCCUAAUCAUGUGUUGCAAUACAUUUCAUAAAAUAGAUUGGAUUUCACAAUAGCUGGCUUUACACUUGCCUUAUCAAAUCCCAUACUCGGUCUACUUUUGUAAAACGAUCAAUUGUAUCCUAAAUUAUUGAAAAUUGAAUAUUUGCUGGAUAUAUAAAAACACUUUUGCUUGUAUGUAACUUGAAAUGGUACAAGAGCCAACAUUUAGAGUAUGACAAUGGAGCUGAACAGUUUUUAACGCGCAAGCAGUUCUGUUCUUGUGUAUGACUUGUAACCUUAAUUUACUGUGUAAAGAUGGUUACAUUAUUUUUUUCUUUAGCUUUGUUUGUUGGAGACCCAAAUAUAGAAUGCUUGUUUAAAUAUGGCAUAACAAUCUUGUGAAUUUUUAAUGUUAAUGUAUUAUACAAGCUCUAUUUUUCUUUUCCCCUAAUAAAAUGUCUUGUACAAUGCUUUGGAAGUUUUUGCUCUGUAAAUUAUGUAGGGUCAACAGCCUGUUAGUAUAUAAAUAUAUAUAUAAAUAUAUAUUUUUUAUUUUGCCUUUUUUGUUCAGUUUUGGGUUCCUUUUUUGUUUUCUUUUUGUUGUUUUUUUCACUUGCUGAAGUGUCAUUGGUGGUUUUGUGAGAUGGUCAAAUUAAUUUCCAGGUCUUAAAUGUUUUUUCGGAAAUUUAAAUGGGCACUGCUCUUCGUCUAGCAAAUAAAAUGUUAAUAUAUACAUGUUAACUGGCAUGUGCACGACUAUGUUAUUAGAGGCCACUUUAUCAUUUCUUCUGCUUCAAAUAGAAAUGUCUAUUUAUGAAUUCUGCUUGUAGUUUUUCACAAAUAAAAUUAUUAAAUUUAUUUAA